AUUCACGAAGGCGUAAUUCAUCAAGGUACUCGCCCGAGGAACUCGAAGUCGAGGGUAUAAAAGGGGCAAGCAUACCAAACACCAGAGCAUUAUCUAGGUCCCUGUCCUGGUCUUAGCUCCUUCUUGGCCUGUCCCCCACUGCAAGAUGAAGGGUCUGCAAUUCGUCUGCCUCUGCUUCAUGGUUGCCGGAAUCCUCGCCCAGGACGGGCACCGACGAACUGGAGCCAAACGCAAACACAAGGGCGGAGGCAACCGCUUCCUGGGAGGGGGAGGUGGCUUCGACGGAGGAUUUGGAGGAGGAGGAGGCUUUGGGGAAGCAGACUUUGUAAGUGGAGGAUUUGGUGGAGGAGGAGGAGGAGCAGGAUUUGGAGGAGAUCUGGGUGGACUAGGAGGUGGCCUCGGAGGUGGACUCGGAGGUGGACUCGGAGGUGCCAUUGGAGGCUCCGCAACCUGCAGGUACUGGUGCCGUACGCCCGAGGGUCAAGCUUACUGCUGCGAGGGCGCCGCGGAGCCAGAGGGAGCCGUUGGAGUCAAGCCCGGCUACUGCCCGCCCGUGCGACCUGUCUGCCCUCCUGUGAGGAGCUUCGCCCCUCCGCAGACCUGCUCCAACGACUACAGAUGCGGCGGUAUCGACAAGUGCUGCUUCGACACCUGCCUUCAAGAACACGUGUGCAAACCUCCACAGGGAUCGAGUGGUUUCGGGCGUUAAUGAUGUAAACUCAAAUAAAUUCAUUGUAUCCUA